AGCUAUUUUUUAAAGCAUAAUAAAUUUUUAAAAUAUGGCACAUCAACCAGGUAAACCGCCCAUACAUGUCACUGUAAAUUUUAUCCAAGAAGGAGAUCAAGUCAAAAUUAACAGUGAUAACAUAGAGAACAAUACUGAAAUUUUGGGAUCAAAUAUCGGACAGAUUACUGCCUCAGAUUCUACCUGUGAACCAGAAGUAAAAAGAAAGGGCGGAUAUAAAGAUACUGAUCCGGUUUCAAUUCAAGGAACUGAAAAAGGAGCACCCAAUGCUGCUGACUCGAACGCAAAAGGUUUCAUUGAAACGACAGAUUCUAAGCAUGUACAGAGCGCUGCUGCAUCGGUAAAGGUACGCCCGAGAGCUUACGAAGAUGAACAACCCCGAAUGACGCGGAAACUGAGUCAAAAACUCGAAAAAGAAAGUAAUGCGGUCGACAAUACAGUAAAAGAAUGUUUGUAUGAAGAUUGUGGACUUAGAUUGGUAAAAAAUACCCCAAAAGAUUCUGAGAACACGCGCCAGAAAAAAGGUUCAUCACGAAUAGGGCAAACGGAAGCGGACCCUAAUCUUUUCUUAAAAGAAGAACUUGCAGCCAUUCUUAUGAUCGACGCUAAAUACCCAAAAGCAGUCGAAAUAUUGGAAAACCUCCUUGAAGAGAGAAACGAACAGUCAAACAGACUAAAACUCCAAGUCAUGGUUGCUGAGUGCAACAUGCUAAUUGGAAGGGAGAAACGUUCUAAACAGGAUAUCUCAGAAGUAAUCAAAAGCAUGACGUCAGAAAAUGGCCCCAAAUUUGAUGACGUCAUGGAGUUAGUUGAAGGUUAUUACGCACAAGAAAAUUUCGCUAGAGCGCUCCUUUUACUGCGUUGUAAUGCCGAAAUUUGUAAGAAAGAAUCGGAUUCUGACGAAGCGAUACGAUGCCUUAAACAGAAUGUUGCAAAAAGUAAAUGCGUGAUUCAUGAAAUGGUAAAAGCCGGCGAUAGAUUAAAAUUGGUCGCAAAAGAUUUCGGAUUGGAAAUGAUGGAGGCCAUGCUAGAUAUUUUUCGUGGUAUUGAAAACCCAAGCCCGGAUGUCAAAAUCAUAGAAGAAGCAAAAUGCAAUAAUUAUGUUGGCUUAGCUUAUCGCAUAUUGGGUAGGAUAAAGAAGUCUGUAGAAUACUAUAGCAAAGGUAUCGACAGCAUGAAACGACAUUUCAAAACUGAUGCUUCGAAACAUCGAAUCCUUGGCUUUCUGAUGGCAAAUUCCGGACUGGCAAACGCAGACUUGCAUAACUAUUCGGAAGCAAAAUCUUUACUUGAGCAAGCACUUGAAGCAAAACAAAAUGCCUUAGAUUUUACCAGCGAGGAUGAGCAAAGAGAUAGUAUUAAGGUAACUAGAUCAGACUUGAAGACUGUACGAAGUAUUAUAAAGGACAUUUGAUAGAUCACUGGCAUAUUUCUUUGUUGUUGGAACAUAAUAUUGCGCUUGUAGAUAUGUAAUUUGUUAUUAAAUGAUUUCUAGUUGUUUGUCAUAAAUAAAUGUUUAUUUAUUUAAAUUCUAUUCAACGAUAAAUACAGAGUUGUGUUCACAAGUAUAUCGUUUUAGAGUUCUGUUAAAUAGCUUUGCAGAUUUCCAUCAUACGGCUCACCCAUAAAAGAAUGCGCAGAACGUUUUAAAAAAUAAACAGUUGUUCAAAGUACUAUGACACUUAUACGCGCAUCAGAUAACUGACAAAACGUGUUUGUUUCUUGAAUUCUAACGGGUAUAUAUUUUUUGCUGCUGUGUUAAUUUUUGUUAACGGUAGAGAUGAAUAAAAGUUUUGUAUAUGUUUUUACU